AUGCAAGGCAGCCUUCGUCUGCAGCCGAUACUCGGCAUCUCCAGGGCUCGCCACAUGGUCGAGUUCACUGGCCUGGCCUCGAGGGUACGCUCCUUCGAGCCCUCUCGCGGCGGCGGCCAGCGCUCGGGGCUCAAGGUUGUGGUGGAGAAUGUCAAUGUGUACGAGGGGCAAUACAUGCGAGUGGAGCGGGUGGUGCCCGACGAGGUGCGCCAAGUCGCCCCGCAGCAGCAGCGCCGCGCGCUGGGCAGGCCCGGGUGGAUGGGCGGACAGCUUGGAGCCGUAACAGCGCGGCGCCGAAGCCGCGCUCCUGGAACAUUGCUCCUCGGCCGUUGA